AUUGGAUGCAUGCUGUGAUACAGUUGGGAUCAUGGCUUGAGGGUGUGGAGGCUGGAGGCUUGGUUCUCGUAUGGCUUGAUUGAUGCAGGAUGGUAGGUCAGUCCAGGCCAGGCACGCAUUCCGGUCAGGCAACAGAGGGGGUAUAUAGCCUCAUGGCUUUCUCUGCUUUCAGCUCUUUCCUCUUCCUCACGCACGUCUUGGUCUAAUCCUUCGCUGCCCGGACAUUCAGUCGUUCCGUCAACACCAAAAGUCUCUCGUUCAUCCAACGUACAAUCAAGCCUAAUCUAAUAUCCACCACCACAAUCACCAUGUACAAGCAACUCCUCACCCUCGCGGUCCUCUCGACCUCCGUCCUCGGCUCCCAGUUCUCCAAGAACGUCCAAUUCGACUUCGGCGCAAUGCUGAAGCGUGGCGAUGCCAUCGCAAAGCGCCAGGGCUACUAUCCCACCACCGAGCCUUGCGGCGAGGGUGACACCUGCGCUGAAGCUUGCGGUCCCACGCAGAUCCAAUGCCCGUCCACCUACGGCAUGUACUGCUUCGAGCCUUCUCUGAGCCACUGCUGCAACGACGGAUCAGGAUAUGCCUGCGACACUGGCUAUUACUGUACGACAGACGGCAUGGAGAACACCUACUGCUGCCCCGAUGGCAUGGACACUGUCGACUGCGCUGCUGCCUACUCCCUCACCGUCUCCCUCAUCCGCGAGAGCGCAACCGCCUACGAACCAUCAGCCACUGAGGUGCCAGCCUCCACGACUCCAAUCCACAUCACCUACCCAACUGCCACCGCGACCGUCAUCCCGACCGGCAACGCUACCUACACGACGAGCGCGCCGCCAGAGUUCACUGGUGCUGCUGCUGCGAAGGUGGCUGGCGCCGGUAUGGCCGUGCUUGCCGGUGCUGCUGGUCUUGCGGGUCUGUUGUAGACGCUCUCCUGUUUUAUGACAAUGGGUUACGAGAA